UCAGACAUGGAUGCCCUUCCAGAUGGUGAUCGCUGGACGAGCAUGGACAACUGACUGAUCCUUUGAGAAGUUGACUAGCUCGGCAGGACGCUGUCCGUGUACUUACCACACGUUGGAAUCCGAAUCAUGUGCUUGGACGACGUCAGGGGUCAGUUUCUCUGCUUCGAAAUGACGAUCAGUUUGUUGGAAACACGCAUAUCCGUCAUGCCGGUAGUCUCCUGUGUGUCUCUCUUACCUAGCCGGUGAUCAUUUGUACUAUCUGCUGAAGAUGUCGGAACUUAUAACUUGUCGACUUCAUGGGCCUCCUGACUGAAAAUCAUCCUCCUCAUCCACUUUCUAUCAUUGUUAGCUGGUGAGCUACAAUCAUGUCUUUCAUCGUCCCUCAAACCAAAACAGUAACUGUCGACGAGGGUGUUGAAGUCUUCUAUCGAGAGGCCGGUCUUUCCUCUGCCCCUAAUAUUCUCCUCCUCCACGGCUUCCCGUCCUCAUCAUUCCAAUUUCGCAAUCUCAUCCCUCUGCUAGCCACCAAGUACCACGUAGUUGCACCCGACCUUCCCGGUUUUGGUUUCACGGUCGUUCCAGAGGCGAGAAAGUAUGCGUAUACAUUCGAUUCUUUCGCGAAGACCAUCGGGGCAUUCGUGGAUGCGUUGAAACUUGAGAAAUAUGCCAUCUACAUAUUCGACUAUGGUGCACCUACGGGGUUGAGACUCAUGCUGGACCGCCCUGGUAGCGUGACAGCCAUCAUCAGCCAGAAUGGGAACGCGUACAUGAUAGGGCUUGGUGAUUUCUGGGAAAGCGUGCAAGCAUACUGGGAAGAUCCCGAAGGACACCGCGAGAAUCUUAGGAAUCUCCUAACUCUGGAAUCCACCAAAUGGCAGUAUGUGUCUGGUGCACCUAAUCCUGAAUCGAUUGCUCCCGAGACGUACCAUUUGGAUUACUAUUUGAUGACGCGCCCCGGUAAUGCACAUAUCCAACUCGACCUAAUCCUGGAUUAUAAGACCAAUGUUGUGCUCUACCCGACGUUCCACAAGUACUUCAGGCAACACAAACCGCCUACGCUUGCGAUCUGGGGCAAGAACGACCAGAUUUUCGUUCCUGCUGGUGCAGAGGCUUACAAGAAAGACCUUCCGGAUGUACAGGUAAAAUUGUUGGACACCGGACACUUUGCUCUGUAGGGAAACACAUCUGGAGGAAAUCGCUUCUGAAAUAUUAGCUUUCCUUGAGAAGCAUCAGCUCUGAGUGUUGGCUGUCGGCUUUGGGCAUUGUAAACUGAGCAAGAUGAUAGGUACCAGUGUCUCGUAUCUAUAGUCCUAAGCAUACAAGAACAUGAUAGGGGUGUGUACGAGUAUAUGGCUUCGCUCACGCAACAAGAAUCUUUGUGUCUAAAGCU